AUGCUAUGGAUGGACGCACUUCUCGAUGCGCAGAAGGUCAUCGAACUCGACUCUUUGUCUUAUCUUGGAUACCACUUGAAGCACGCAGCGCUUCAUGGUGCGGAGCGCUAUGAUGAAGCGAUUGAAACUUUCCAAACGAUGCUCUCGAUAUUGGACAAUGCACCCGAUGUUCAGACACGAAACCUGCGCCAGGAGUAUCUCAGACCUUCUGAAGUAGAACGCGCCAUUCGACGGGUCAUCGAUGCCCGACUCGACAACGCUCCGUUGCGUGUCCUCGACACCAACACCGGUCUCUUAUGCGAUCGAGAGACGCAGAUAGACGCCUUCAAAAUCAGCACACAGUAUAAGGAGCUUGUGUCGUCAACAAUCACGCACGCAGACUUGCACAUAGAGCGUAUCGAAGAAGUGGUGGGAAGGGAGGGAGCCGCUGCUGCAGGAUAUCCAGGGAAAGCAUGGAGUGAUACAUGCUGCAUCGACAAGAGCAACAACGUCGAAGUCCAAGAAUCGGUCAACUCCAUGUUCGUAUGGUAUCAUCAUUCCGCGCUCACGAUCGUCUACCUGUCUGAUGUUCCGCCAUCGUCAAAGUCUGGCGCACUGGCGAAGAGCGCUUGGAACACGCGCGGAUGGACGGUUCAGGAAUUCACCGCUCCCAAAGUCAUUCUCUUCUAUCAGAGCAAUUGGACUCUUUAUCGUAAUGAUCGUACUCCCAACCACAAGGAUUCCGUCGAAAUCAUGCAUGAGAUAAAGGACGCAACGGGAAUAGACCGACCAGCCGUUGCAGCCUUUCGUCCUAGUAUGAAUAGCGCCCGAGCAAAACUCCAUUGGGCGUCAACCCGCGUCACCACGCGCCAAGAAGAUAUCGCAUACUCGUUAUUUGGCAUCUUUGGCGUCCGUCUGCCUGUAGACUAUGGGGAGAAGCAGGACAAGGCUCUUGGGCGGCUCCUGCAGGAGAUCGUGGCUCGGUCGGGCGACAUCAGUAGUCUUGAUUGGGUCGGAACGUCAUCAGAGUUCAACAGCUGUCUACCAGCCUCCAUCACUUCAUACGAAGCUCCACCAUUCCAGCUACCAUCCCUAACCGAAGAUGAAAUUCAGUCAUCGAUUUCUUCGCUGCGAAAGACGGCGGCUGCUGAUUUCGCUUCAAACCUUUAUACUCGGCUUCGGAACACGAGCAUCCCUCGCUUCGCAGCACAAAGACUGCAUCUGCCUUGUAUUGCAUUCAAUGUCACAGAAAUCAGACGCCGGGUGGGUAGUCCAACCCCGGAAAGUCAUCUCAUGUAUAGGGUGAAGGCAGACGGACUUCACGACCUGCUUAUCACCACCGCAGAAACCCUGGUUACAUUCUGGCCGGCAAGGCCCACUGAGCAACAAUUUCUCUUCCUCCGCCCCUGGGAUCGGUCUCUUCUGGAGCUACCUGACUUUGCAGAAUUUCCAGAACCGUCUGACCGUGGAGAUGAUACGGAGAGCGAGGAGGAUUAUGGGACGCCGCCUUCUUCUCCGUCAGACGACUGGUCUGGUGGUUCUCCUAUAAAACAGGGGAUGUCUGAGCUAGAAUCACGAGCAUUGCGGUUACUUGUUCGCCUUGGGCAGCCUUUCAGCGCAUUUUUGCUAGCGCAGCAGCGCAGUGGAGAAUACAAGAGGAUUGCGACGGAUCAUGAUAUCAUUGGACAAGUCCAGGACGUGGUUUCUGUUGGAGACUCGAUGGACAUCAGGACCAUAGAGAUAUUGUAG